CUAACCAAUAGCAAAACAUUUUUAGUAUAAUACAAUUUAAAAUGUACUAAACAAGAAUAUUCAAAAAUCAAAUCAAGUGGCAACGGGGGACUAAAUAACCUCUUAAGUCAUAAGCAUUUCCUAACAACCCACAUAUUAAAAUUUUGGAGCCUUCUAUAAAAUAAGAAAGUGAAAUAAAAAAGGAAAAUCGCAACAGGCUGAUGUAUUGUCAUGAAAACACGAUGUUUUAAAAUAAUAAAUACUUUUUUAAAUAAGAAUUAUUUUAUAAUAAUUAUUUUUUAAAUUUAUAUUUAAUACCUACGAUAGUAUUUUCAUCGAUAUUUUUCUUAUACAACAUAUUAAGAAAAAUUAUCAAAUAAUAAUAAAAUAUAAAAUAUACAGUAUACCUAAAAUAUAAUACUUAAAAACAUAAUGGAAUCUGAACAGAAAUUACAAACUUUAAUACAUAUGGCAAUAGAUAUAAAGAAUAAACAAAUUAAUCAACAUUAUUUAGUAAGACUGUUAGAAAUUAUUAUAAAAAAUUCACCACAGCUAGCUAAUUGUGACGUAGAUUUAACCCAAAACGACGAAAAACACAGUCAGAAGAGUGUAAUCAAUAAAGGAACUCACGAAGUGCCUACAAAUCCACUUAAUGCCACAUUUGAUGUAUCAUAUUUAGAUCACGAAAAUACGUAUGAAUACGAAAAUGAAGAGUUGUUGUAUAAAUAUGAAAACGAAGAAAAGAGCCCAUUGAACCCAAAGAAUAAAGAAGUCGACGUUUCAACAAAUCCACUUAUUAGUGACACAUUAAAUUUAUCAUAUAUAGAUAAAGAAGGAAUGUUGCUCGAAUAUGAAAACGAAGAAAAGAGCCCAUUGAACCCAAAGAAUAAAGAAGUCGACGUUUCAACAAAUCCACUUAUUAGUGACACAUUAAAUUUAUCAUAUAUAGAUAAAGAAGGAAUGUUGCUCGAAUAUGAAAACGAAGAAAAACGCUCAUUGAUGCUCGAAAAUAAAUUGGAAGAAUUUUCAAAUAGUGAACUCACUUUAGACAAAAAACCAUUGAUUGAAAAAUCUGGGAGCUGUAUUUACGAAUGGGCCGGAAAUUUGGAUGCACAACAGAAUGUAGCUCUUCUAAGAUUAAAUACAAGCUUGAGAACAGAUAGAUUUAUGACCCAAGAAUGGGUGUGUUUAAAUUUAGGCAUGUCAGCUGAAAAUUUCCGUGAUUUCGAUCUGGAUUACAGGACAAAUUUUAAGAAUAUUUUCAAUUUUCUAGAGUUACAAAGAUCGGUAAACAGGAAAACUAAGAUAGAUAUUCAACAAUUAAAAAAGAAGUGUGUCAGAAUUCAAAAAUAUAUCAAAAAAUACAUUGAUAUGGAUCCUGAAGCAAAGGGCGUCGUUGAAUUUAUUAAGGGUGCAUGUAUAUCAUGUGGGAGAUCGGCAAAGAUGAUUAAAACAAAACAUCCGUCUCUAAGUUGUUCUGGCCAUAAAAAGCAGCUUCUUCCGGCUAAACCGAUACAAGAAAAUGAAAUCCAUCAAUUAAGCGGUAAAACGAUAAAAAACAAGCCGAUACAAACGACUACAAACAAUCAAUGUACGAAACCUGCUACAAUACCAACAGAAACUAGUUUCUGGAUAAAUGGUGUUCCUCAAUCAUGUGAUCCGUUUUCAGACAAGAGAACGGGAAACAUAGAUAUAGAUUUAGAUCGAAUAAGAAAAGAUGUGAAUAGCCGUAAAACGAAAAAUGACAAGCUGAAUUCAAAUAAUCCUAGGGAGAAACCUGAUAUGAAACCGAGCAUAAAAAUUUGUGGGUUUAUAAGAAAUUCUCUUGGAAAAAGAAUUACUAAUCCUUCAUUAAUUUCUUCAACAUAUGACGAUAGUAGCUUCUCGUGCUGCUUAAAAGGACAUCAGAAAAAGUAUAAUUAUGCAACAAAAUCCAAAAGACGUCCAAUCUGGAAAUUUUAAGUAAAGUAGUGAAUAAUGAUGGUUCUGGAUCAAAUGCACCACAUAUACCUAUAAUAGCAGAAUUACUUUCUAGGUGUACGUAGGUACACCAUCCAUCAGCAUCACUACCAUUUGAGAUAUUCAAGUAUAAUAAAAACUAAAGGAUUUUCAACUUAUUUGAAUCAUUAAUUCUUUCAUUAAACAAUUUGAAUUAAGUUUUGUGAAAAAUGAAGGUUCAAAUAAUGUGUUUGGAUGAACAAAUGAGGAAGUCGUACAACAAAAUAAAGUUGAUUUAAGAUAAAAUUGUAAAGAAUAUAAGAGUAAUGUUCUUAUACCAGUAUUUAUGUUAAUUACAUAAAAAUGGUAGUGAGUCAAUAUUCAUAUGUGAAAAACCAAAAAAUAAAAAUUUUAAACAAAACAAAAAAUAA